CGCAGCACACAGACACCCAGCUGCCUCUCAGUCUCAGCAUUUGUCUGCAGUGUCACGGAGGAGGCGGAUGGGGACCGUGGCGUGGGGCUGCUGAGAGCAAGAGACACCUGCGGCGGAGGGAUCUCCCUGGCUGGAUACAUUGUGGCAGAGUCUCCCAGGCUGGCUGAUACUUUGUAGCAGAGUUCUACUGGCUGGUCCAUUAUAGCAGAGUCCCCUGGCUGGCUGAUACAUUGUUGCAGAGUCUCCUGGACUGGCUGAUCCAUUAUAACAGGGUCCCCCCCUGGACUGGCUGAUACAUUAUAGCAGAACCCCUAGCUGGCUGAUACAUUGUAGCAGAGUCCCCUCCCCACCACCUGGCUGAAACAUUGUUGCAGAGUCCCCUGGCUGGCUGAUAAAUUAUAGCAGAGUCCCCUGGCUGGCUGAUACAUUGUAGCAGAGUCCCCUCCCCACCACCUGGCUGAAACAUUGUUGCAUAUUCCCCUGGCUGGCUGAUACAUUGUUGCAGAGUCCCUUGGCUGGCUGAUACAUUGUUGCAGAGUCCCCUGGCUGGCUGAUACAUUGUUGCAGAGUCCCUGGCUGGCUGAUACAUUGUAGCAAAGACCUUCUGGCUGAUUCGUUGCUUCUCCCAGGGCUUGGGACGGAUUUACCCCUGGAUUUGGCACCUCCUGCCCGCUGCUGGGAUCGGGCACCCCCAGGACAUAUGUGAUUACAGAGCAGCUGAUAUCCCGGAGGAAUGUAUCGGAUAGGAGUCUCCCUGCUGCUCUGGUCACUGACUGUCCAGACACAAGGUUUACGGUGUAUGCAGCAAACAUGCUUGAACAACGGAAAGUGUGACACCAGCGGGACAGAAUGCAGGUGCCCCAGUUCCCACGUUGGCGACAGGUGCCAGUUUAAUAACCCCUGCACAAGUAGUCCGUGCCUACAUGGAGGAACAUGUAACCCUGAGAUCAAAGGGAAUAACGUGUACUUCACCUGCGCCUGCCCGCUGGGGUACCAGGAUUCGCGCUGUCUCACCCCAAAGGACAACGUGUGUCUCAACAACCCCUGUCGCAAUGGCGGAACCUGCGAACUGAUCACAGUCGAAUCGAAGUACAAGUGCAAGUGUCCCCCUGGAUGGACAGGUGAAACGUGUCAGCAGGCGGACGCGUGCGCUUCCAACCCCUGCGGCAAUGGCGGAUCGUGUGUCCCGUUCGACUCCCAGUAUGUGUGUAAAUGUGUGGAAGGAUUCCACGGCGAAACCUGCAAACAGGACGUCAACGAAUGCAAGCAGAAUCCCUGCAAGAAUGGCGGAGCCUGCGUCAACGAAGUCGGAACGUUUUACUGCAAGUGCAAAAGCAAGUUCACUGGGAAUUACUGCGAGAACCUGUACGUGCCGUGUAACCCGUCGCCGUGCCAAAAUGGCGGGACCUGCCGGCAGACCGACGACACGUCCUACGACUGCACUUGUUUACCAGGAUUCUCCGGUCUGAACUGCGAGGAAAAUAUUGACGACUGUCCAGGAAACAACUGCAGGAAUGGGGGGACCUGUGUGGACGGGGUUAACACCUACAACUGUCAGUGCCCCCCAGAUUGGACAGGCCAGUAUUGCACGGAAGAUGUAGAUGAGUGCCAACUGAUGCCAAACGCUUGCCAGAACGGCGGCACCUGCCACAACACCCACGGCGGGUACAACUGCGUCUGUGUGAACGGCUGGACGGGAGAGGACUGCAGUGAGAACAUUGACGACUGUGCCAACGCGGCCUGCAACAGCGGUGCCACCUGCCACGAUCGGGUGGCAUCUUUCUACUGCGAGUGUCCGCACGGCCGCACAGGUCUGCUCUGCCACCUGGAUGACGCAUGCAUCAGCAACCCCUGCAACGAAGGCUCCAACUGCGAUACCAACCCAGUGAAUGGCAGGGCCAUCUGCACAUGCCCGUCCGGCUACACCGGACCGGCCUGCAACUACGACGUGGACGAGUGCUCUCUGGGUGCCAACCCCUGUGAGCACGCUGGCAAGUGCAUCAACACCCAGGGGUCCUUUCAGUGCAACUGCCUCCCCGGCUACGCUGGACCCCGCUGCGAGAUUGACGUCAACGAGUGUCUCUCCAACCCUUGCCAGAACGAUGCCACCUGUCUGGACCAGAUUGGCGAAUUCCAGUGCAUUUGCAUGCCAGGUUACGAAGGGCAAUACUGUGAAAUCAACACGGACGAGUGUGCCAGCAGCCCCUGUCUACACAACGGCAAAUGCAUCGAUAAAAUCAACGAGUUUCACUGCGAGUGCCCCACAGGCUUCAAUGGGCACCUGUGCCAAUAUGACAUCGAUGAGUGCGCCAGUACGCCCUGCAGGAAUGGCGCCAAGUGCGUGGACGGGCCAAACACCUACACUUGCCAGUGUACAGAAGGUUUUACAGGACCGCAUUGUGAGGUGGACAUAGACGACUGCCAGCCCGACCCCUGCCACCAUGGUACCUGCGUUGACGGCAUCGCCACGUUUACCUGCGAGUGCAGAGCCGGCUACACCGGGAGGCGGUGCGACACCAACAUUAACGAGUGCCAGAGCACGCCGUGUCAGAACAGCGGCAAAUGCGUGGACAUGGAUAACAGCUACGUGUGCCAGUGUCUGAAAGGGACGACAGGGAUAAAUUGCGAGACCAAUUUAGAUGACUGCGCUAGUAACCCGUGCGACUCGGGGAAGUGUAUCGAUAAGAUUGACGGCUACGAGUGCACCUGCGAGCCGGGCUACACAGGAAAGAUGUGCAGCAUCAACAUUGACGAGUGUUCCAGCAAUCCGUGCCGCAACGGCGGAACGUGCGAAGAUCUCGUCAACGGCUUCAAGUGCACGUGCCCCGAAGGUUAUCAAGGGCAAAUGUGCCUGUCCGAAGUGGACGAGUGCAGGAGCAACCCUUGCAUCCACGGGUUGUGCCGCGAUGGCAUCAACGGGUACAAGUGCGACUGCGACUCUGGCUGGAGCGGCACCAACUGCGACAUCAAUAACAACGAAUGCGACUCCAACCCGUGCAUGAACGGUGGGACCUGUAAGGACAUGACCAGCGGGUACAUCUGCGCCUGUAGGGAGGGCUUUAGCGGACUAAACUGCCAGACUAACAUCAAUGAGUGCGCGUCCAACCCUUGUCUGAACCAGGGGACGUGCAUUGAUGGCGUGGCCGGUUACAAGUGUAAUUGCAUGCUACCUUAUACCGGGGCCACCUGUGAGGAUGUCCUAGCGCCCUGUGGGAACAGCCCGUGUAAAAAUGGAGGCAGAUGCCAAGAGUCCGAUGACUACGAAAGCUUUUCCUGCAUGUGCCCGGUGGGCUGGCAAGGGCAAACAUGCGAGAUCGAUAUCAACGAAUGCGUCAAAAGCCCGUGCCGAAACGGUGCGGUGUGCCAGAACCUCAACGGGAGCUACCGGUGCAAUUGUAAGCCUGGUUACACCGGCAGGAACUGCGAGACGGAUAUCAACGACUGCCAGCCAAAUCCGUGUCACAACGGAGGAUCCUGCUCAGACGGCAUUAACGCUUUCUUCUGCAACUGUUUACCCGGCUUCCGUGGGCCAAAAUGUGAAGAGGAUAUUAACGAGUGUGCCAGCAAUCCGUGCAAGAAUGACGCCAACUGCACAGAUUGUGUAAACAGCUACACCUGCACCUGCCCGUCCGGAUUUAGUGGCAUUCACUGUGAGAUCAAUACUCCCGACUGCACAGAAAGCUCUUGCUUCAAUGGCGGCACCUGCGUGGAUGGCAUCAACACGUUCACCUGUCUGUGCCUGCCGGGCUUCACUGGCAGCUACUGCCAACAUGACAUCAAUGAGUGUGACUCCAAACCCUGCCUGAACGGUGGGACGUGCCAGGACAGCUAUGGAACCUACAAGUGCACCUGUCCACAGGGCUACACCGGCCUUAACUGCCAGAACUUGGUGCGUUGGUGCGACUCCUCUCCCUGUAAAAAUGGAGGAAAAUGCUGGCAGACGAACAACCUGUAUCGCUGUGAGUGCAACAGUGGCUGGACCGGCCUGUACUGCGAUGUGCCGAACGUUUCCUGCGAGGUGGCAGCCAUACAACAAGCUGUCGACGUGCACAGUCUGUGCCGAAACUCUGGCUCGUGCCGGGACACCGGGAACACGCACUACUGCCAUUGUCAGCCGGGUUACACCGGCAGCUACUGCGAAGAACAAGUAGACGAGUGCUCCCCCAAUCCUUGCCAGAACGGGGCCACCUGUACGGACUACCUGGGAGGCUACUCCUGUGAGUGCGUUGCCGGCUAUCACGGAGUCAACUGCUCGGAAAAAAUUAACGAGUGUCACUCUCACCCCUGCCAAAAUGGAGGAAAUUGUAUCGACAUGCUCAACACUUAUAAAUGUUCCUGUCCCAGAGGGACCCAGGGUGUUCACUGCGAAAUUAAUAUAGAUGACUGCAAUCCGCUGUACGAGGGCCCCAACCAGAAGCCUAAAUGUUUUAAUGGGGGCAAAUGUGUAGACCGCGUGGGAGGCUACCACUGCAUCUGCUUGCCGGGCUUUGUGGGAGAGCGCUGCGAGGGCGAUGUGAACGAGUGCCUCUCAAACCCUUGCGACGCCCGCGGAACCCAGAACUGCAUCCAGCUGGUCAACGAUUACCGGUGCGAAUGCCGGCAGGGGUUCACAGGGAGGCGCUGUGAGGCACUGCUUGAUGGAUGUAAAGGAAUGCCUUGCAGAAAUGGCGGAUCUUGUGCCAUUGCCACCAACACGGAGCGCGGCUUCAUCUGCAAGUGUCCCCCGGGAUUCGACGGUGCCACUUGUGAAUACGACACUCGGACGUGCGGAAACCUUCGCUGUCGGAACGGCGGUACCUGUAUACCUUCGCUAAAGACCAGUAAAUGCGUGUGCGUGGAUGGAUACACCGGUCCUGUCUGCCAAUUUCCGCCCAGCAGCCCGUGCAAUUCAAACCCAUGUUAUAACGGUGGGACGUGCAAGUACCUUCCUGAGGAGCCUUACUACCAGUGCGUCUGUCCACGGAACUUCAACGGGCUCUUCUGCCACAUGCUGGACUUUAGUUUUCAAGGUGGACCAGGGCAAAGCAUCGACCCACCCACAGUCAAGGAGGACUGCGGGAUUGAUUUGUGCGCUUCACAGGCUGGGAACCAGAUCUGCAACGCCAAGUGCAACAGUCACGCCUGCGGCUGGGACGGAGGGGACUGCUCGCUCAACUUCAAUGACCCCUGGAAGAACUGCCCCCCAGCGCUGCAGUGCUGGAAGUACUUUAACGAUACCAAGUGUGACUCCCAGUGUAACAUCGCGGGAUGUCUCUAUGAUGGCUUUGAUUGCCAGAAAGGGGAAGUUCAAUGCAAUCCUCUCUAUGACCAGUACUGCAGGGACCACUUCCAGGACGGCCACUGUGACCAGGGCUGCAACAACGCAGAGUGCGAGUGGGAUGGCCUGGACUGCGCUAACAACAUGCCGGAGAAACUGGCCGAGGGCACCUUAGUGUUGGUGGUCCUGAUGCCUCCAGAGAGGCUGAAGAACAACUCCUUCAAUUUCCUCAGAGAGUUGAGCCGUAUCCUCCAUACCAAUGUGGUGUUCAAGAAAAACGAGAAUGGCGAAUACAUGAUCUUCCCAUACUACGGCAACAAGGAGGAGCUGAAGAAACAUCACAUUAAAAGGUCAACGCAGGAGUGGUCCGAGGCCCCCGGAGCCAUCUUCAGCAGAGUGAAGGAUUCGCUGAUCCCUGCACGGUACCGGAGGGAGUUGGACCAGCUGCAGAUUAAAGGAUCCAUUGUCUACUUGGAAAUAGAUAAUCGUCAGUGCUUCCAGGCUUCAUCGCAGUGUUUCAACAGCGCCACUGACGUAGCGGCUUUCCUCGGGGCUCUGGCCUCUCAAGGGAUUCUGGACAUCCCGUACAAGAUUGAAGCUGUAAAAAGUGAAACGGUCUCUCCGCCGACCAAAUCUCCGCUCUAUCCUGGUUUGGGCGUGGGGGCGUUCGCUCUCCUGGUAAUCUUCAUCGCGGUGGGGGUGAUCGUGAAUAAGAAGAGGCGCCGGGAGCACGGUCAUCUGUGGUUUCCCGAGGGUUACAUCGCCAAAGAGUCCAACAAAAAGAAACGCCGGGAGCCCCUUGGGGAAGAUUCCGUGGGUUUAAAGCCGUUGAAAAAUGGCGCAGAUGGUUCUUUGAUAGACGAUAAUCAGAAUGAGUGGGGAGAUGAGGAAGCUCUGGACAACAAGAGAUUCAGGUUUGAAGAUCAAGUGAUGCUCCCUGAUAUUGGAGAUCAGACUGACCAUAGACAAUGGACCCAACAACAUCUGGAUGCCGCCGACCUCCGAGCUCCGUCUAUGGCGCCAACACCCCCGCAGGGCGAGAUAGACGCUGACUGCAUGGACGUUAACGUGCGCGGGCCGGACGGCUUCACCCCACUUAUGAUCGCGGCUUGUAGCGGUGGAGGAUUGGAGACAGGAAACAGCGAGGAAGAAGAGGAUGCCUCUGCCAACAUGAUCUCGGACUUCAUCGGUCAAGGCGCCAAUCUCCACAACCAAACGGACCGAACCGGAGAGACAGCGCUUCACUUGGCUGCGCGGUACGCUCGUGCGGACGCUGCCAAACGGCUGCUUGAGUCCAGCGCAGAUGCCAAUGUCCAGGAUAACAUGGGCCGGACUCCCCUCCACGCCGCUGUAGCGGCUGACGCUCAAGGUGUCUUCCAGAUUCUUAUCCGGAACAGAGCGACAGACCUGGAUGCCCGCAUGUACGAUGGCACAACCCCACUGAUCCUUGCAGCCCGCUUGGCCGUAGAGGGCAUGGUGGAAGAACUCAUCAGCUCCCACGCCGACGUGAACGCGGUGGAUGAACUAGGAAAAUCCGCCUUGCACUGGGCAGCUGCUGUAAAUAACGUGGACGCUGCCUCAGUCCUCUUGAAAAAUGGUGCUAACAAGGACAUGCAAAAUAACAAGGAAGAGACACCGCUGUUUCUGGCAGCAAGGGAAGGGAGCUACGAGACGGCAAAAGUGCUUCUGGAUCACUACGCCAACCGGGACAUCACGGACCACAUGGACAGGCUCCCCCGCGACAUCGCCCAAGAACGCAUGCAUCACGAUAUUGUCCGGCUACUGGAUGAUUACAACCUUGUGAGGAGUCCACAGCUGCACAAUGGCCAAUUAGGAGGUCCAACCUUAUCGCCUCCCAUCUGCUCCCCCAAUGGAUACAUUGGGAGCAUGAAGCCAGCAGUACAAGGGAAGAAGGCUCGAAAACCAAGCGCCAAGGCUCCUGGUUGCAAAGAUUCAAAGGACCUUAAAGCCAGGAGGAAAAAGUCCCAAGAUGGCAAAAAUGGAAUUCUAGAUUCCAACAGCUCUGGGGUGCUAUCUCCUGUUGACUCAUUGGAGUCACCCCAUGGGUACUUGUCGGAUGUUUCAUCUCCUCCCUUGAUGACCUCUCCAUUUCAGCAGUCUCCAUCGAUGCCGCUCAACCACCUCACCAACCUGCAGGAUGCGCACAUAAGCAUGAAUCACCUCAAUAUGACGGCUAAGCAGGAAAUGGUUGGCGGAUCUAACCGAAUGGCUUUUGAGUCCAUGGCGCCCCGUCUUGCACACCUUUCUGUCUCUAGCCCCAGUGCUGUACUGAACGGCAGCUCCAUGCAGUUCACCGUGGGUGGAGCGACCGCGAUGAAUGGCCAAUGUGACUGGUUGACAAGACUGCAGAACAGGAUGGUCCCUAACCAGUACAACCCUUUGAGAAAUAACAUCCAGCAAGGCGGGCAUCCACAAAGCCAGGCCCUCCAGCACGGCCUGAUGACGUCGCUGCAUACCGGUCUGCCAGCAUCUGCUCUGUCGCAGAUGAUGACCUAUCAGGCUAUGCCUAACGCACGGAUGGCCAACCAACCCCACCGUCUGCAAGCCCAGCAGAUACAACAGAUGCAGCAACAAAACCUCCAGCUGCAGCAACAAAGUAUCCAACAGCAACAGCAGCACAAUGCCACCUCUGCUUCCAGCGGCCAUAUUGGUGCUACCUUCUGUGGCGCUGAUCUCACUCAAUCAGACAUGCAGCAGAUGACGAGCAAUGGUCUUCAUGCCAUUAUGCCCCAGGACACCCAGAUCUUAACAAGUUCUCUGCCAACCACUCUCACCCAGUCUAUGACUACUACCCAGUUCCUAACACCGCCAUCCCAGCAUAGUUAUUCUUCCCCCAUGGACAAUACUCCCAGCCACCAGUUGCAGGUGCCGGACCAUCCUUUCCUAACGCCAUCUCCCGAAUCACCUGACCAGUGGUCAAGCUCCUCCCCUCAUUCCAACAUAUCUGAUUGGUCAGAAGGUAUAUCCAGUCCACCUACAAAUAUACAGUCUCAGCAUAACCACAUUCCUGAAGCUUUCAAAUAAAUGAUACAAACUAGCGUUCUAAAGGGUGGCCAUUUGCUGGGGCAAAUGUUAGACACUGGGAUGGACUGAAGGACAUGUUUGUUAUUUUAAAAAAUUUUGAUACAAUUUUAUAUGCGAGAGAAUUGAACAAUUUGACAUUUUUAAUAUUUAUUUACUUGCCUAUGAUCCAAACCCUGAAACACUGCCCUUUUUAUUUUUAUUUUUUUUAUUUAUACGUUGUUGUUAGUAUCAUUGCUCUUUAUUUUUUAAACAAAGUUUUAUUCGAAGCUUAUGAUAUUCUUGCCUUUUUAAAUGAUUGAAGCGUAUAGAUUUUGUUUAUUGUGCAAAAUGUAAUAACAAAUUCUUAAAAUUAAAAUGGGUAUUUAUUCUGUAUUUUUUUUUUUUUCCCCUUUCACCCGGAACUAUUGCAAAGAACAAACAAAUGCAAUAUUCCCAGCAAAUUAAAAAUACAUAAAAAUCAAUAACAUUGUACAUGUUUUGUAAAGUGUAAAAACAUUAAAAAAAAAUAUUUUAUAAGCAUGUUUUUUUUCUGGGCUAACAUGCCAUUUAUUCUGACAGAUUUUCCAGUAUUAUAGGGAGUUGUACAUUAAGCUAGAAUGUGUUUAUUUUUUAUUUUUCUUUUCUACGUGAAAACACUCAUUGCUUCUAAAACCAUUUUCUAGAUUAUAAUGAUUUGGAAAUUUGCUGCCAACAAAAAAAAAUAAAAAAUAUAUAUAAUACAAAUCACAUUGGAAAGUAAACUUUGAAUCAAGAACAGAUUUUCAGUUUGCUGCUCACAGACAUUUCAUUUUUAUUUUUUAUUUUAUUUUUUAUUGUAAAGAGAAACUUGUGACAGGACUGAAAUAUACUGUGAUUUUAGCCCAACGUCAACUUUUUUUCAAUAUUUUUUUCUUUUCUUAUUUGCAUAAAAUGGGCCUCUUAAAUGUUUUGACCUCUUUCCUUGGGGGUCUUGGGUCCAUUUAUGUUGGAAUUGGUGACUCUGAAAGACAACCACACACAAGGAAGUGAUCUUUUGGUACAAGCCUGUGGCAUAAUGUUUUCUAAGCUUUGUACAUAUAUAUAUAUAUAUAUAUAUAUUGUAGGUUUUGUUUAAAAAAUCUACGUGAAUAUCCUGAUUUGUAUCACGUAUCGGGUUACAUACUUUUCUGGGCUGGCGGUUCACAGAUGCGCAACCUCCAUCUUUCUGAAGACCUUUCGCCAACGCACAUUCUGUUGGAUUUACAUUGUGGGAAAGACCUUCCCUGCGCUGACUGGUUCAGAAUAAAAUGUAUAACUGUAUUAUAACUUUAGCAAAAGAGUUGAUCGCUUUAGUCCUUUAAUUUCCCACCUCUAAUGUGUUAUAUUGAUAAGGAUGAGCAGGAAGAGGAUGAUAUAUCGAUGUAUAGAAGACCCCAAAAGACCAUAGUCUAGUGACAUAUAUUGUAUCUACCUGCAAAGUUGUAGAUUGCAAAACCAUUGUUUGUUUUUUUUAACUGCUUUUGUAAACUGAUGUCUUUUGUUAUAAUAAAACAAUUGCAAACCAAA